AAAAUAUAUAUGAAUCACAUUAUUGUUUUGACGAACUUUAGUCUCCUUAAUUAAUUUUUAAAAAGAAAUAACUCAUUUUAUUUUUAAAUUAAAUUGUAUAAUUUCUGAUAUAUAGGAAGUUUUUGCAUAACGAAUUCAAACGCACAUUGUUAUGUAUUUACAUAGUUUUAACCUAUAAGAAAUAGAGAAAAUGUAGUGGAAAAACGAAGAAAGAUUAAAAUAUUAAAGUAGCAAGGUGCUUUAUAUUCGGAAUGGUUUUACAGAAAAUUGACUUUAAUUUUGUUAAAUGUUUUCGACAUGUAUGUGUUAAAACAAGCAAGUCCCGCGAUAACAGAAGUUUCCAACGAUUAUAUACGGCAUUACCACGGCUUACUCCGCAAGAGGUUACAAAUGUUUUGCAAGCUAACGAGUAUACCAAAGAAUUCUCUGGUUUGAGUUCUGUAAAAUAUUACGAUUCUAAUCAAUUGGCGUCUAAUAAUCCUAUAGAAGAUACGCGAGCCGAAGCACAAUGUUUAUUAACUAAAGGCUCUAACAUUUGCAGAUUCGUGAGUGAUUCAUGUUACUACAAAUAUAUUAUAACUAGUUAUGUUUCCAAUUUCUUAUUUAUAGGUGUAUUAUUGGGAGUUUUCGAUGGUCAUGGUGGUGGUGCCUGUGCACAAGUGGUAUCAAAAAGACUAUUUCGUUACAUAUCGGCAGGUUUAUUACCACCAAAAUUACUGCAACAAUAUUUGAAUUCUAUUGGUUCUGACAAAAAGUUAGAAUUGCUUCAAACUUACAAUGAUAAAGUAGAAUUUGUAGCGGAGAUUAGAGAUCUUUACCAGGAAAGCUUUUUAAAUUUUGUAAGAGAUUUGAUACAAUCUGGUGACAGAAAAGAAUUUCAAAUGGAAAAAGCUCUGGAAAAUGCAUUUCUUAGAUUAGAUAAUGAUUUAUCGAAUGAAGCUUUGUCACAACUGAAUAAGAAAGAUGCACGAACUCUCGCUGUUGCAAUGUCAGGUACGGUGGCUGUUGUGGCACACAUAGACGGUCCUCAUCUCCAUGUUGCUGGCGUUGGCGAUUGUAAAGCUGUCCUAGGAGUACUCUCAGAAAAUGAUGGAUGGUCGGCCAAAAUAAUGACGGUAGAGCAUAAUACCGAUAAUCGCACGGAGGUAGAAAGAAUUAUGUCGGAACAUCCAUUAAAUGAGAAAUCCACUGUGAUUAAGAUGGAAAGACUGCUCGGACAAUUAGCGCCGCUUCGUUCGCUAGGUGAUUUUCGCUAUAAAUGGAAAAAGGAUGUUAUAAAAAAAAUUGUGCCGAUUUUUGGAAAGACAGCGAUCCCUCCGAAUUAUCAUACCCCACCAUAUUUAACGGCCAAUCCAGACGUCAAAUAUCAUAGAUUGACGCCUAGAGACAAGUUCCUUAUAAUAGCUAGCGAUGGAUUAUGGGAACUGAUUUCACCAUUGCAAGCUGUACGCUUAGUAGGAGAACAUAUGAGUGGCAAAGUUACACUCAGCCCAUUGAGAUUACCUCGUAAAAAUAUGAAAUUGUUUGACAUAAACGAGAUGUUGUUGCAACGUAAGGAGGGCUUAAAAAAAAAACCUCUUGAUAACAAUGCAGCGACGCAUUUACUGAGAAACGCCUUAGGUGGUACAGAGUAUGGAAUAGAUCAUGUCAAAUUGUCGCAAUUAUUAACUCUGCCGAGCGAAGUAGUGCGGAUAUUUCGCGAUGAUAUUACCAUAACAGUCGUUUAUAUGGAUUCGGAAUUUUUAAGGCAUUGUCCUCCCUAAAAUUGUCGCAAACUCUUACUACUUUUUAAAUAUAUUAGUAUAUAGUUUGUUAUUUAUUUUUAAUUAACAAUAAAAAGAAUUUACAUGAAAACAUUAUUCUGAAUAUUGGCAAUACAUAUGUAUGUAAUACUCAGCGUAUUACAUAAUACUCAUUAUGAUCUAUUUUUUUUUUGUUAGCGAAUUCCUUAAAUUAUCUAUCCGCACAAUUCGAUUUUCGAUCAUUGCUGAAACCGCACGAAUUAGAAUCGAACAAUACACAAAAAGCAGUUAAGACCAUAAUCGAAAGUGAUAAAGAAAUGACUAAAAUCUAUAUAUAAAUCUAUAUAAAUAUGUGAUUUACACAAUUAAAUUGUUAGAUACAUAUCAGUAAUUACAUAAUAAAUCAUUAAACGCAAAGUUUGUCAUAUACCUUAUCAUCAUCUUUCUACUUCGCAUUUCGCAAUAAAAAUAAUUUACCUCUCUUUUUUUUUCU